UGAUUACACAAACAAAACUCAUGAGAUUUUUGUUUUUGUAUUCCUGCUACUUCCGUGUGUGAACUUGCCUUGUCAAUAAUUAAAAAAAAAUUUAACCACCAGCCACUCAGCUGCGAAUUGCGAAUUGUGACAUCGCGGUGCAACCGUGCUUUUGUUUUUCUGAUUGUGUUUUCCCGCGUUUACCGAUUGACUUAUUUUCUCCCAGUACGAGUGCUUGAGUUUGUGUCUUUUGUUAUAUUGUGAAAUUGAAAUAUUCUUACGUUUUAAAUUUUUUUAAAGCCACAACCGCUCGCCCGAUAUAAAGUACAAUGACCGAACAUGACUGUGAUGUGUCAGUCUCACCGAAAUCUACAACGCCAAAUGGCACCACAAUCAGCAACAGCACCAGCAGCAGCAGGAGCGUCAGCAGCAGCAGCAGCAGCAACAGUAGCGACAAUUGUAAUCGCACUACACACGACUCGAGCGAUAAUUCUUCCUGUUGUCGUUCACGUUCACCAUCACCCACAUUCAUAGCGGACCAUGACAUGGACAAAAACAUUGUAACACUAUUGGCAGAUGAUAAAUUCCAUAAUGAAAUACUCAACCUCGCCAUGAAGCAUAAUAACAAUCUGGACCAGCACGUACAAAAUUGCGUAAUAGAUGAUAGAAAUCGCAUUACGAGUGUGGGCACCACUGAUCUGCUAGAAGAUCACGAAUUCCUCAUGGGCAUUGCAUUGCUGGCCUCACAACGUAGUGAAGAUCCCAAAACAAAAGUGGGCGCUUGCCUUGUGGAUCGUAAGAAUCGCAUUGUUGGCAUCGGUUAUAAUCACUUUCCGCCAAACUACUCGGACGAGCCGUACCCGUGGUGCAAGGAAAAGGAAAAUCAACUGAAUAACAAACUCACUUAUGUCAUACACGCCGAAUCGGAUGCCAUAUUCACUUCACAGCCGGCAGAUUUGCGUGGCGCCACCAUAUACUCCACGCUCAUGCCUUGCAAUGAAUGUGCCAAGCAGAUUAUACAAGCGGGCAUAAGUAAAGUUUACUAUUUGAAUUCAAAAGAAUUCGAGAAGUGGAUUUAUAAGGCAUCACGUCGCAUGUUGUUAGCUGCGCGCGUGGCACUGCAGAAGCUGGAGUAGCACACAUACAUACAAAAGUGCUUAAGUAGCUGUGAAUGCAUUUCAAUAUUAAAAACGAUAACCAAUCUAGAUAGCUUUCAAUAAUUCAAUUUUUUAGAAUAUAAAAUUUAUUAUGACCACACAUACAUAUUGACUAUAAAAAUGAAUUAAAACAAUUUCCUAGUUUUAAUAUCCCCAAAAAUAAUGCUUUCAUUAUAAUACUAUAAUUAUUUUACAUAUAUAUAUAUAUUAAUUCUAUUUGUAUGUAUAUUGAAUUAUUACAUAAAUGAGCUGUGUAAUCAAAGCUUCCAAAGACAAGCUUAUAAAAUUAUAUGUACAUAUAUAUAAAAGUUUAUAUAGCU